AUGAACCUCUCAAAUGAUCAGCCGUAUGAUUUAACAGAAGCAGCAGAAGAAAUAGAAGUUCUCUCUGCUAUAUAUGAAGAGGACUUUUUUAUCUUGGAGCCUGAGAACAAAGUCUACGAGAUAAGGAUCGACUCAAAAAUGGGUGAUACUACUAGCAAGGAACAAAUUAUCCUGAAAUUCCAGCAAGUCCCUGGCUAUCCUUCGAUCAAUCCAGUAAAAUAUGAAUUGCAUGCACCUUGGCUCAAGUGUAAUAUUCUUAAUGAACUCGACAAACAAUUGCAGCUUGUAGUCUCGUCUUCACUUGGCUCCCCAGUUGUUUAUUUGUUGGUUGAGACUGUUCGAUCAUUCAUGUGUAAUUAUUUGUCUUCGAGUACUGAAAAUCUAACCAUUCAUAAAGUUGAAGAAUCAUCACAGUCUGUGCCGGAAAAUCACGAACUACCAAGUGCGGUUGUAUCGGUGCCUUCAGUAAAAUCUCAUCUUGACAUAUCUCCCCAAAUUUUGCCAUUUGCUUUAAACUCAAAAGUACCAGAGAUUUAUCAUGGUGAACCGCUUAUAGAUCGUAAAAGCGUUUUCCAGGCUCAUUGUGCACGUGUUUCUACCCGUGGUGAAGUAUCCCUUUUUAUAUCAACACUGCUUACGGAUAGAAAAGUUGCUACAGCUACUCAUAAUAUCCUAGCUUGGCGUAUCUCCUCCAAAGAAGCUGACUGUGACGAUGAUGGCGAAACACAUGCAGGUGGUCGACUAUUACAUUUACUUACAUUAUCAGGAAUUGAAAAUGUAGCGGUUAUGGUAAGUCGAUGGUAUGGUGGUAUCCAACUUGGACCUGAUCGAUUCAAACAUAUCAACAAUGUUGCUCGCCUUUUGUUAACUGAACAUAAAUUCUUAUCGAAUACUAGUGACGUUAGUAAUAAUAAUGGUACAGGACAUCAGAAAAAACAUAAACACGACAAAAAGAAAAAGAAAUAA